CGAGAAUUACGAAGUCCAGAUAUAAAUUAGUCAACGUACGCGUGGUUCUCUGCAGAUAACACAGAUAACUUGAGGUGUUCACAGGUCAACGACGAAUACUGAAAUAAUAUAUUGUUCGAGAUUAAAAAAGAGAAUAGAAGAUGCCUUUUACAAGUCCAGAAGAGCUUAGAAUGGUGAUGUUAGGGAAAACAGGAGCUGGUAAAAGCGCCACUGGAAACAGUCUGCUGCAGACUAAGCUAUUCAAAUCCAACAAUUAUGGCGCGUCUGUCACCGUAAACUGCAAAUUUGGAAACAGGCAUCUUGACAAUGGGAAAAAGUUGGUAGUUAUCGACACACCAGGUAUAUUCGACACCAGGAAAAGCAACCUUGAAACGUCGAAAGAGGUUAUAAGGUGUAUCGGUCUAGCUUCACCAGGUCCCCACGUCUUUAUCUUCGUUCUGAAGAUCGGUCGCUUUACCCAGGAAGAGAUGGAGACGAUCCAACACCUCAAAGAUCUGUUUGGAGAAGACGUUGUCGAUUACGUGAUCAUUGUAUUCACCGGUAAGGACUCACUUGAUUACGAUGAUAUGACCAUUCAUGAACAUAUCCAGCACUGUCCACCAGAUCUACAAUCACUGGUUGCCGAGUGCCAUGGGAGAAUAGCUACCAUUAACAACCGAGCAGAACCACCGGCAUUAGCAAGGGAUGUUAAAGCUAUUCUAGAUUUAAUGGCGGAGACCGUGAGACAAAAUGGCGGAAAGUACUACACUGGAGAGAUGUUUGAAGGAGCAGAAAGGGCAUAUCAAGAAAAACUUCGACUUCUCGAGGAAGAGAAAAACAAGAAAGAGCGGGAACUAGAACAAAAAGAGCGGGAAAUUGAGGAAGAGGCGAAGAGAAAGAUGAAAGAAAUUGAAGCGAUGAAACUAGAACACAAUGAAGAGAAAAAAGAAUUAGAGAGAAUUAAGAAAAGACAACGUCAAAAAGAGCAGGAAUUAGAAGACGAACGCGAGAAAAUAAAGAAUAUCGAUCCGAGACAAGAAUAUCGAGAGGAUGUGCAGGCGAAAGAUGGCGCUAUUGUUGAGAUUGCUCGAGGUAUAGAGAAGGUUGGGCGUGGCAUUGGACGGGGCGUCAAAGACGCGUGGAAUGGAUUCCUUAGUUUUUUUUGAUUAGAUAUUUCGUUAGCUGAUGUCGUUCUUACCCGUAUCCCAACACACGAAUUCGAACUGAUCAGCUGAAAAUAAUGGUUACUGUUUGCUUUAAGACUAUAAACUGUGUUUUUUUUAUGCCAAAUGAAAUAUAUAAAAAAUGCAUCAUGUAAGA